AUGAGGGUCCUGGUUGUCGUUGCAGUUUUGGCCUUCUUGGCUAUUUCAGUGCAAAGUGACGUAUCGCACCUGGAUGUUGAAGGUAGUCGCCAAUAUGGUGGCCACCACGGAGGAGGCGGUUUCGGUGGCGGUGGCCUAGGGGGUGGCCAUGGAGGUCAAGGUGGAUACGGUGGCAUCGGAGGAGGCCAUGGAAGCCAUGGAGGCGGUGGAUUCGGUGGCGGACCCGGAGGUUUCGGUGGCGGAUCUGGCGGUGGACAUCAUGGAGGCCAAGGGGGUUUUGGGGGGCCCGGAGGCUUCGGUGGGCCUGGUGGCGGCCAUGGCGGCGGUGGAUUCGGCGGCUCUGGCGGUUUUGGCGGUGGUAGUCAUGGUGGUGGUGGCUUGGGCGGACAAGGAGGCUUUGGAGGCCAAGGCGGCGGUCACCAUGGUGGAUUCGGAGGUGGACAUGGAGGAUACGGUCAUCAUCAUUAA